AUGCCCCGGGCAUCCAGAGAGAUUACUGCACUCGAGACGCCGCAGACGCAAAGCUUGACAUCUGCCCCUGUUAUACAAUGCCAUAGCUCAUUGCUUCCCGAAAACGCCCCCAAAGGUGUAAAUUCGACUACAGAUCGAUCAAAGAGCAGGUGGGAAAACAACUGGAGGACUUUGAGCGCUUGUCUCAUGAGCUUUGGCAAUGGAAUCAAUGACAGCACCCCCGGUGCCCUGAUACCCUACAUGGAAGACCGCUACGACAUUGGGUAUGCCGUUGUUUCGCUUGUUUUUGUUGGGAAUGCCGUUGGAUUUAUUCUGGCAGCUCCGAUAACCCAUGCCUUGGAGACCAAGAUUGGUCGUGCAAAAAGCUACGCAGUCGCUAUGUCUUCUUUUACAGCCGGAUUUGCAAUCAUUAUCUCGGAACCUCCGUUUCCCGUCGUCGUCGUGACCUUCCUCUUAUAUGGGUUUGGCUUGGCGUUGAACUUGGCCCUCAGCAAUGCUUUUUGCGCUACUUUAGCAAGACCAACUAUUUCGCUGGGCUACGUGCAUGGCGCCUAUGGCGCCGGUGGAACCAUUGCUCCAAUUAUCGCCACAACCCUCGCGUCCACAUCUCGCAUGGAAAUCCUGAAACGGGCCAUCCGGAACCGCGCGACGCUCCUCGGUGCUUUAUUCAUCUUUGUUUACCAAGGUGCCGAGGUAUCCGUUUCUGGCUGGGUGGUCACAUUCCUAAUUAGCUACCGAGACGGCGAUCCCUCUCGCGUCGGAUACGUCAGUGCCGGCUUCUGGGGCGGCAUUACAGUCGGUCGACUCCUACUAACCUAUCCAGCAUCCAAGCUCGGCGAGAAAGUGUCCGUUACGCUGAUGAUCGCUGGUGCUGUUGCGUUUCAGCUUAUGAUCUGGCUGAUCCCGAACCUCAUAAGCGAGGCUGUGAUGGUGGCUAUAUUGGGUGCGCUGCUAGGUGCUGCCUAUCCCUGUGCUGUGGCGGUUUUUACAAAGCUCCUACCGCAGUACUUGCAUGUAUCGAGUCUUAGUUUCAUCACUGCUCUCGGUAGUAGCGGUGGUGCUGUGUUUCCGUUCUUCACGGGCAUUCUUGCGCAGAAGUUCGGAACUUUCGUGCUACAUCCCAUUUGUAUUGGGCUGUAUGGAAUGAUGGCUGUUGCUUGGCUUUUCCUGCCGCGGAUACCGAAAAAGUCAGAAUAA